AUGCCAACUACACGACGACAGUCUGCCAUCGCUGAGGGGAAGAUCCAUCCUAAGGAAGAGGAGCCGCGAAGGAAACGCGCACCAUCGUCCGGCAAGAAAGGAAAACCGCCUAGUAAGAAGGAAGUAAAGCAUGAGGACGUAGAGAUGAAGGACGCGGAAACGGAGCAGGCGGGCGCGGGCGAGAAACACGACGUAGAGGAAGCAGAGGCGAAGGAACCGCCCACAAAGAGGGCAAAAAAGGAGGGUGAAGCGAACGUAUACAAAGUCGGUACUAUUGAGCGAGGCCACAUCUACUUCUUCUACCGCCCCAAAGUCCAACUCGAGGAGGCACACUCCAUCGACGACGUGCGGAACUUCCACAUUCUCCUCGUUCCUCGCCCGCCCGAGUUCGCAACCUCGCAGGAUGCCGCUCAAGAAGGCAUAGCUAAGCCGGAACCCGAGGUAGAUGAGAGCGAAAUGAAGGUUCUUCAGGAAGGCGCCGACGCGGUCCCGGCCCCUCCAGAGCCUCAUACGAAGAAGCAACAUUACCGCCUGAUCACGAUUGGGAAGAAGAAGCUUCCAGAUCCUGAGCAUCAUGGGAGUGAAGGAAGUAGGAGAAAGGAUAUAUUCUGGGCGACGGUCACUGCCGUUGGGGAUGAUUUGCACCAGCUUGAACAGGGCCUCGAGGCGCGAUCAUAUGAAACGAAGACGCGAGGAACAAGACACGAAGAGUCCGCUCGGCUCGUCGCUCGCGGCGGGUACGCCAUCGUUAACGCAGAAGCCAGGGUUCCCUCCAAGCGCGAGACUCACCUCGGAUACCACGUCUCCCACCCAACGCCCUCCGAGUUCGGCGACGUCCAAAAGUCACUCGGGAUAUAUUCCGCGUCCUCGUUCAUCCUGCAAGUAAAGAACCCGCUUGCCCCUGCCACGACUCCGCAGCAGGCACACACGAAAGGCGCUGAGUACCCGGAAUGGAUUAUGCACGGGGUCUUCGGUACUGCGUACGGGGACGGGGAGGGCCAGACGAGAGGGAGGGAGGCGUAUGGUCUAAGGUUUGCGAGUUGUGAGACGCCGGAGUUGUUGGAUCAUAAAGGAGCGGAGCUGUUGCUUAUUGCUGCGCGGGAGGGAGAAGAGGGUCUGGAGACGAGUCUCGGUGAAGGACGAGGUAAAGCAUUGAGCGAAAAGGAAGAAGAGGAGGCCAAAGAAGACGUCAAGAAAGUCUUCGAAGAGCUUGGGCUGGAUCUUGAAAAGUUCCCUAUUGAGUCACUUGAAGGAAGUUGGAUCUGA